AUGACAGGAGCUCUCCACCACAGCCAUUUGCAAGACACUUUACUUGCAACUGAGAUCAAACGGAAAUGUUCGUCUGAUCUUCUAUUCUCUCCUGAAUCUUCAUUUUAUUCAUUUCUUUUUUUUUUUCCAUUCCUUUUUCUUUUUUCUCGCUUUCCUCUAAGCCAUCUUUCUGUCUGUCCGUGUUUUUCUUCGUCUUUUUUUUUACUUAAUUGUUCAGUCUUUUUUUUUUUAAUUUCUCUUUCUUUUUCGUUCUUCUUUUCCUUCUCUUUCGUGCUUUCAGUUUCAUCAUAUUUUUUUUAUCUUUCUUUUUUUGUUGUUUCUCUUUUUCUGGUUAUCGUCUUCUCCUUUUCUUUCUUUUUUUGUCUUUUCUUUUUUUUAUUUCUCAAUGGAUUUAUUUCUUUUUCUUUGGUUUUUGUCCUUGCUUUUGUUCUUUCUCUUCCUUUUAAUUUUCACCUUUUCUUUCUUUCUUUCUAUCUUUUGUACUUCCUUUCCUUUUCCUUCCCAUUAAUCUUUAUCCCUCCUGCUCUUUAUAUUUACUCGUUUCUAUUUCCUUCCUUCAUCCUUUUGUCUUUUUCUUUUCAUCUUUUUCUUUCUAUUUCUUGUUUCUCUUUUCUUUCGUUCUUUUUUUUCUUUCUGUCAUUUUUACCAGAUUUCUUUGAUUUUUAUACUUUAUUUCUAUCUCCGAUUUUAUCUUCGUUUUUCUUUCUUUCUCUUUUUAUUGUUUUAUUUUAUUUUCAGUGUCUUUCUUUUCUUCGCAUCUUUUCUUUUUAUAUUUAUUUUCAUUUCGUUUCCUUUAUUUUCGUAUCUUUUGUUUUCAUUUCAUUUCUGUUUUUCGUUUUUAUUUACAUUCUACCUUUCAAAUUUAUUUUCAUUCUCUGUUUUUCUCCAUCACUCCUCAGAUUUUCAUCUAUCCUUUUUCCUUUCCUCCUUUUAGGUUUUAAGUCUUUUUUCUUUUUAUUUGUACAUUUCUUUUUCUUUUACGGUCUUUUUUCUUUGUCGUCUGUUCAGUCUUUCUCUUUUUUUCCUUCAUGUCUUACCGUUUCUCUUUCUCUUGAUUCUUUCUCUUCGUGUUUGCUUUUAUCUUUCUUUUUUUUACAUUUUCUCUUUUUUAUUUGCUUUUCCAUGGCAUUCCUUCUUUCUUCCAAACUUUUCUUUUCCGUUUCCGUUUUCUCUCUUUCCCGUGCUAUAGUUAAUUCUUCCAUUCAGUAUUUAUGUUAUUUUUAUGUUUUUUAUUUUUCUUCCAUCACAGCGGGUUUCUUUAUUUCUUUCUUUCUUAAUUUAUUUUUUGUUUGUUUGUUUCUUUUUCUUUCUUUCUUUCUUUCUAAUUUAUUUGUUUUUUUCUUUCUUUGUCCGGCUUUGUUUCUUCCUUUUUUUUUUCUCCCUCUUUUUCUUAGUCAGCAUUAUGUUUUUAAGAUUCUCAAUUUUCAUCUAUCCUUUUCCCUUCCUCCUUUUAGCUUUUCAGUCUUUUUCUUUUAUUUGUACAUUUUUUUUUCUUUUUCGGUCUUUUAUUUUUUUGUAGUCUGUUCAGUCUUUCUCUUUUUUCCUUCGUGUCUUACCGUUUCACUCUUUCUUGAUUCUUUCUCUUCGUGUUUGCAUUUUCUUUCUUACUUUUUUUUCUUUACAUUUUCUGUUUUUCUUACGUUUUUGGUUUCUUUCUCUUUUUUUUUCAAAAUUAAAUCAAAUUAA